GAGCUAGCGAGGGCGGGUCUUUCUGUAGAGGGUAGUUUGAUUUGGGACGGUGCACCCCCGGACUAUAUUUUGCAAAUUAUAUCCUGAGAAAUUUCUGAGCACUUUGUUUAAAUAAAGACCAUAUUUUCCCAAAAAAAAUUGAUCACACUAUGCGGCGCUAUCAUCAUUUACAAUAUCGCCCUUUGUUUAUUUCAUCAUAAUUGUUCGAGUAUUUGUGCACAAUGUGAUCAAUUUUGAAAAUGUGCCAUAGGUUGAUAUGUAAAAUUCUGAAAAUUGCUGGCUUUUAUUACACCAUAACGCUUCAAUUUUGUCGUAGUUUGCAUGCUAAAAGUUAGAGGCAUGAUAGCAAAACCACCCCGGGAAUAUUCACAUGAAAAUAAGCACAAAAAACACCCUCACAAUAUCAUAUCACCUACUGUAGUAGGAUGUCCCAAAAGGUAUCCUUUCUUCCGGUUGAAAUUUAGACAAUGGAAAUGAGCAUAGAAAAUUCGACAAAAAAAAAAGACAAGAAAACGACGGUCCGUUGGCAAUUUCCACUCUAUGGCAGUAUAAGCUUCGUCGUAAAACUGAAAAAAAUACUCUCUCAGUCUAAAAAUACUUGUCAUAGAAAUUUCUCCUGCAAGUAUUUUCGGACCAAGAGAAUAAUAAUUAUGCACCAGUAUUAUAUACUACUCCGUUUUUGACACUAGCGUAUAAAAGAUAGAGGAAAAGGGAAAAUGAAAUCCUUCCUCCUCCUCAUAUGGGCCUCCUUGUCCAGGCCCCUAACCUCGCCGGCGCUCGGCGCCCGAGCGUUCGCGUCCUCCGGAGCAACCGCGGCGGGCGGUUCAAGGUCACUGCCGCGGCGUCCGGUGGCUCUGUGAAGGAGGAGGAGGAGAAGGGGACCGGGAAGAAGGAGAAGAUAGUGAUUAUAGAGUCUUGGACCCCGUUCUCGCCGCCUCUGUUCUCGGCCCCAGAGGCUCCGGCAGAGUCCCCGGCGGCGAUUCGGCGCCUGGAAGAGGACAGGGAAGAAAGGCGGAGGUACUACGUGAACACGGGGUACGCCAUCCGGACGCUGAGGGAGGAGCUCCCUGACGUAUUCUGCGAGGAACCCAGCCUCGACAUCUACAGGUUUCUUACGAUGUUAUUGACUCUGCGUGCCUGAUAUGAAUCGAUAGUUGCAGCCAGUCUUAGCAAAAGUUCUAUCCCUUUUCCAUGUGUGGGAUUUUCUUUUUCAGUUGGCGAAACAAUGGUAAAAAGAUGUGAAAUUUCUCGAGA